UGCAAAGUGAGACACCGAAACCUCAGCAGCCUCAAGCUUUCCAGGUUAUCAUGUCGAUGAGAGACACAUCUUCCCAUUGAGUCCCUGCAGCAGCAGCAUAAACAGGAUUUCUUCCACCGCUACAUAAAUACACAACGAGUCCCAUGCAGCGCGGGGACUUUUAGCCCAGAUUGGAGAAACAACAUAGCGCGUGAGUCCCCGCCAUGGCAGCGUCGGAGCUGUACACAAAGAGUGCUCGGGUGUGGAUCCCCGAUGCAGAGGAGGUGUGGAAGUCUGCCGAGCUCAAUAAGGACUACAAAAAUGGCGACGUCUCCCUGCAGCUCAUGCUGGAGGAUGGAACGAACGUUGAGCACAAGCUGGACCCCAAGACGAAGAACCUGCCUUACCUGCGAAACCCCGACAUCCUGGUGGGCGAGAAUGACCUCACAGCACUCAGCUACCUCCACGAGCCGGCCGUGCUGCACAACCUCAAAGUCCGCUUCGUCGACUCCAAGCUCAUCUACACUUACUGUGGAAUCGUUCUGGUGGCCAUCAACCCGUAUGAGCCGCUGCCUAUCUACGGCACAGACAUCAUCAAUGCGUACAGCGGUCAGAACAUGGGAGACAUGGACCCACAUAUCUUCGCCGUGGCAGAGGAGGCUUACAAACAGAUGGCCAGGGACGAGAGGAACCAGUCCAUCAUUGUGAGUGGGGAGUCCGGAGCAGGAAAGACGGUAUCAGCCAAAUACGCCAUGAGAUACUUUGCGACGGUCAGCGGCUCCACCAGCGAGGCCAACGUCGAGCAGAAAGUCUUGGCCUCCAACCCCAUCAUGGAGGCCAUUGGCAAUGCAAAGACCACCCGAAACGACAACAGCAGUCGCUUUGGGAAGUACAUCGAGAUCGGCUUCGACACGCGCUACCGUAUCAUCGGCGCCAACAUGAGAACGUAUCUGCUGGAGAAAUCCCGAGUGGUGUUUCAGGCCGACGAGGAAAGGAAUUAUCACAUCUUCUAUCAGCUCUGUGCAUCAUCCCAUCUGCCUGAGUACAAGGCGCUGAAGCUGAGCAACGCAAACGACUUCUUGUACACCAGGCAAGGCCGCAGCCCGGUUAUCUACGGUGUGGAUGACACCAAUGAGCUGUCCACCACUCGCAAAGCCUUCACAUUGCUCGGUAUUAAUGAGUCCAAUCAGAAGGGGUUGUUCCAGGUUUUGGCUGCUAUUCUUCAUCUGGGAAACGUGGAGAUAAAGGACAGAGACUCAGACAGCAGCGUCAUUCCUCCCAACAAUCGCCACCUGACGGCGUUCUGCGAGUUGGUGGGCGUGACCUACCAGGACAUGUCUCAGUGGCUGUGCCACCGGAAGCUGAAGACGGCCACAGAGACGUAUAUCAAGACCCUGCCCCGCCUGCAGGCCACCAACGCCCGCGAUGCGCUGUCAAAACAUAUCUAUGCCAAGCUCUUCAACUGGAUUGUGGAGCACGUCAACAAAGCCCUGAUCACCAACAUCAAACAGCACUCCUUCAUCGGGGUGCUCGACAUCUACGGGUUUGAGACAUUUGAGAUCAACAGCUUUGAGCAGUUUUGUAUCAACUACGCCAAUGAGAAACUCCAGCAGCAGUUCAACAUGCAUGUGUUCAAGCUGGAGCAGGAGGAGUACAUGAGGGAACAGAUCCCCUGGACUCUGAUUGACUUCUACGACAAUCAGCCCUGCAUCAACCUCAUAGAGGCCAAGAUGGGCAUCCUGGACCUGUUGGACGAGGAGUGCAAGAUGCCUAAAGGUUCGGAUGAUUCUUGGGCUCAGAAACUCUACAACACCCACCUGAAGGCCUGCUCCCUCUUUGAGAAGCCGCGCAUGUCCAACCGCGCUUUCAUCAUUCAACAUUUUGCUGACAAGGUGGAGUACCAAUGUGAAGGUUUCCUGGAGAAGAACAAGGACACAGUGAACGAAGAGCAGAUCAAUGUGCUGAAGGCCAGCAAGUUUCACCUGCUGGUGGAGCUGUUUCACGACGGGGAGAAAGCCACCAGCCCCACUAGUCAGGUCUCCGGCACCGGAGGCCGGACCCGCCUCAGCAUCAAACCUGACAAGGGCCGUGAAAAGAGCAGCAAGGAGCACAAGAAGACCGUUGGCUGCCAGUUUCGUAACUCGCUGCAAAUGCUGAUGGGUACUUUGAACGCAACAACCCCGCACUAUGUACGCUGCAUCAAACCCAAUGACUUCAAGCUGGCCUUCACGUUUGAUCCUAAACGUGCGGUGCAGCAGCUCAGAGCCUGCGGUGUCCUGGAAACCAUCCGCAUCUCUGCUGCAGGUUUCCCAUCCAGAUGGACGUACCAGGAGUUCUUCAGCCGUUACAGAGUGCUGAUGAAGCAGAAGGACGUGUUAGCUGACAAGAAGUUGACCUGCAGAAAUGUUCUGGAGCAACUGGUGCAGGACCAGGACAAAUACCAGUUUGGUAAGACCAAGAUCUUCUUCAGGGCCGGCCAGGUUGCCUACCUGGAGAAGUUGAGGGCGGAGAAGUUGCGUGCUGCCUGCAUUCGCAUCCAGAAAACCAUUCGCUGCUGGCUGGAGCGCAAGAAGUAUCUACGCAAGCGCAGCUCUGCCAUCACCAUCCAGAGGUUCACCAGAGGAUACCAGGCUCGCUGCCUGGCCAAGUUCAUGCGUCGCACGCAGGCGGCCACCGUUAUCCAGAAGUACCAGCGGAUGUGCGUGGAGAGGAAACGCUACAGACAGAAGCAGGCUGCCGCUCUGGUCAUGCAGACGAUCCUCAGAGCGUACAUGGCCCGGCAGAAGUACCAGGCGUUACGGCGAGAGCACAAGGCGGUGAUCAUCCAGAAGCGCGUCCGCGGCUGGCUGGCUCGGUGCUGGUACAAGCGCUGCCUCGUCUCCAUCGUCUACCUGCAGUGCUGCUUCCGCAGGAUGAAGGCCAGGCGCGAGCUGAAGAAGCUGAAGAUCGAGGCUCGCUCAGUGCAACACCUCAAGAAGCUCAACAAAGGCAUGGAGAACAAGAUCAUGCAGCUGCAGAGGAAAAUCGACGAGCAGAACAAAGACAAGCGGUUGGUCAACGAGAAGCUAGUCAGUCUGGAGACCACCUACACAGCAGAGAGCGAGCGGAUGCGUGGCGAUCUGAGCCGGCUGCGCGGGGUGGAGGAGGACGCCAAGAACAAAGGCAACCAAGUGUCCUCGCUGCUGGAGGAACUGGAGAAGCUGAGGAAGGAGCUGACUUCCACACAGAAGGAGAAGAAGACCAUCGAGGACUGGGCGCAAACCUACAGGAACGAAAUGGAGAAAAUGGUCUCGGAGCUGAAGGAGCAGAAUGGCUUGCUGAAGAAAGAGAAGGACGACUUGAACAGGUCGAUUCAGGAACAGAGUCAGCAGAUGACAGAGAAAAUGGCCCGUGCCAUAUUAGAGGAGACUCAGCAGCUGAAGACCGAUCUGAACGAGGAGCGAUCUCGCUACCAGAAUCUCCUGACAGAGCACCGCCGCCUCGAGGAGAAACACGACGACCUGAAGGAGGAGAUGGUCUCCUCGAACGUCUCAAAGCCUGGCCACAGGAGAACAGAUUCCACCCACAGCAGCAACGGAUCAGAGUACACGUACAACUCAGAGUACGCCGAAUUGGAAGAAGGUUCCCGUGCCGCCGAAGAUGUGACUCGAGGAAUCGACACCUCGCUGACCCUCAAGCUGCAGAAACGUUUAACAGGACUGGAGCAAGACAACCAGUCGCUGCGCAACGAACUGGAAAACAAGGAGGACCAGUUCCAGCGGGCUAGAGCCAGGGAUGACGUUGAGUUUAAAAAGGCUCGUGGGGCAGAGCUGGAAUACGAGUCCCUUAAGCGUCAGGAGCUGGAUUCGGAGAACAAGAAACUGAAACAUGAUCUAGUGGAGAUUAGGCAAAGCCUGCUGGGUAAAGCAGCUACUGGUGCUGGGGCCCCGGGCUCCCCAGCUUACAAGGUGGUCUUGGAGCAGCUCAACGCCUCCUGCGAGGAACUGGAGGUCCGUAAAGAGGAGGUGCUGAUCCUGCGCUCCCAGCUGGUCAGCCAGAAGGAAGCCAUGCACCACAAGGAUGAGAAGGAGACCAUGACCGAGCCUUCGGUCUAUGUCGAGGAUGUGUCCAAACUGAAGGACGCUGAUGAACUCAAGCAAGCGUACAUGGGCCUCAAAGACACCAACAGAUCUGCCGCUCCAGACUUCCAUAAGCUGAAUGAGGACGGAGAGCUGUGGCUGGUUAAUCAGGGCUUAAAGGAAACCAUCAGGCUACUGGAGCACCAGCUGCAGACUCAGCGGAGAGGUUACGAUAACGAGGUGGAGUCGUUGCGCGGCGAGCUGCACAAUGUCAAGGAGGAGAACAACCGUCAGCAGCAGCUCUUGGCCCAAAACCUGCAGCUGCCUCCAGAGGCCCGAAUCGAAGCCAGUCUGCAACACGAGAUCACCCGGCUCACCAACGAGAACCUGGAUCUAAUGGAGCAGUUGGAGAAGCAGGACCGAACCAUCCGCAAGCUGAAGAAGCAGCUGAAGGUUUACUCCAAGAGGAUCGGAGAGAUGGGGGCGGGUCAAGCCGAGGGACAGACGUCUCCAGGACAGAUGGUGGACGAGCCGAUACACCCCGUCAACAUUCCUCGCAGGGAGAAAGAUUUCCAAGGGAUGCUGGAGUACAAGAAGGAGGAUGAGCUCAAACUGGUCAAGAACCUCAUCCUGGAGCUGAAGCCUCGUGGUGUGGCUGUGAAUCUGAUCCCAGGUCUGCCGGCCUACAUCCUGUUCAUGUGUCUGAGACAUGCAGACUACAACAACGACGACCAGAAGGUCCGCACCCUGCUCACCUCAACCAUCAACAGUAUUAAGAAGAUCCUAAAGAAACGAGGAGACGACUUUGAGACGGUCUCCUUCUGGCUGGCGAACACCUGCCGCUUCUUACACUGUCUGAAACAAUACAGCGGAGACGAGGCCUUCAUGAAGCACAACACACAGAGGCAGAAUGAACACUCUCUGUCCAACUUCGACCUGGCCGAGUACAGACAGGUGAUCAGUGACCUGGCCAUCCAGAUCUACCAGCAGCUGAUCAAGUGCAUGGAGAACAUCCUCCAGCCCAUGAUAGUUUCUGGCAUGCUGGAACACGAGACCAUCCAGGGAGUGUCGGGGGUGAAGCCCACAGGCCUCCGUAAGCGAACAUCGAGUAUCGCCGACGAGGGCACCUACACGCUGGACUCCAUCCUGCGGCAGCUCAGCGCCUUCCACUCCACCAUGUGCCAGCACGGCACCGACCCCGAGCUCAUCAAGCAGGUGGUGAAGCAGCAGUUCUACAUCAUCGGAGCAGUCACCCUCAACAACCUGCUGCUGCGCAAGGACAUGUGCUCCUGGAGCAAAGGCAUGCAGAUCAGGUACAAUGUGAGCCAGCUGGAGGAGUGGCUCAGAGACAAAGGUCUAAUGACUUUCGGAGCCAAGGAGACUCUGGAGCCUCUGAUCCAGGCCGCUCAGCUGCUGCAGGUGAAGAAAAAGACUGACGAGGACGCCGGGGCCAUCUGCUCCAUGUGUCUGGGCCUCACCACUGCUCAGAUUGUGAAGGUCUUGAACCUCUACACUCCAGUCAACGAAUUUGAGGAGAGAGUAUCGGUGUCAUUCAUACGAACCAUACAGACUCGCUUGCGAGAUCGUUGUGAGAGUCCGCAGUUGUUGAUGGACACGAAGAUGAUUUACCCGGUCACUUUCCCGUUCAGCCCUUCCUCCCUCGCCCUGGAAACCAUCCAGAUCCCCGGCUCGCUCAACCUGGGGUUCCUCACCCGCGUCUAAACCGAGGCCCCACAGGCCAUGUUGAUGUAGUGGCCACAGUUGGAAUUGCAAGUAAAAAAAAAAAAGAAUAUCAAAAAUUUCAAAUUUUUAUUCACAUAGUUUGAGCAAUUAUGUCAAAAACGUUAAGUGAAAAGCCUCAAAGAGCUUCUAAUUCAAAACAUGGAUUCCCGCUCUCCUAAGAGAUCCUUUGGCUGAUCCUGAACAUUGACACUCAGAAAAUCCGACAAAGAAAACCCCAUCACGUCCUGAACUUGCAACAUGCAUCUGUACAAUACUUGCAUCCUCUGAACGUACACAUGCACGCCUACACUCAUGUGCACUUUCUCUCUUACAAAAACGCACAAAUACACACGACACCCACGGUCGCCGCCGCUGGUUUAAAUCUGUCUGUAAAAGGCCAUCAUCCAUCCACUGCUUGUAAAAAAAAAAACGCCUGCCUCUUAGAGAAGCCACAAGAAAAGCCCAGUCGGGCUGAUAAAAGGUCAAAUCUUGUCAACGCGAGAAUGUACGUAACGAUACACGGGAGCGGGGGCCCAUAACUUGAUGAAUUGUAGUCUAGCUUUGAAUGUUGGGUCUAUAUUUAAUAGGCAAAGUGAAUACUGAGUCCCAGUGGGAAGCCAGCUGAGUGACACCGCGCUAAAGUUAACUCUCUGCACCCCCAUGUUGAGGCAACCUGGACCAGGCUUCGCUCUGUCCUCGUCAUUUCACUCUCUGAACACAGUCGCGCCAAGACAGAACUCACCGUCUGUACUAUAUUAUUUAUACAUAUAUAAAUAUGAAUAAUAUAUAUCGUGUAUUUUAUUUAUUGCAUUUACCUCCGUCCCCACCCUCCCCUUUAUUAGAUUAGAAGCUUUCUCUUUGCAGUAAACAUGUCUGAUGUAUGAAGGCUGGGACCAUCAUUUCCCACAGCUUUGUAAGGACUGUUCUACUUUAGGUCCAUUGUAGGCUGUUUAUGUCAAUAUCAGGUACAUUGUGUCGUAUAGUUUAAGGAGUGCCGGCACAGAUGAUCAUGUGUUAGGUCACGUCUUAACGUAGACAUGUCGAUGUUUAUCCUGCAUUUCGGGCAGAUGCAGUGUAGCACGGGUUUUAACUGAGGAGAGAUUUAGAAGGUACGAGGUUUAAGCUGUGACGAGGGUUUAACCUGCUGUCAUCUACACUGUUUACAGCUGUGACCAGAGCUGAGCGUCACAGGAAACACUGGCACAACGAUAUUUAACACGACACUCUGCUUACUGCUGUAUCACCGGGGGGGGGGUUUCUUCCUCUCUCUACUCGUCUUCUCUGGUCACAGCUCUAGUCAGUGCUUUGAAGCUGUUUUACUAUUAUCAACGUGGAAAUAUUUAUUUCAGUAUUGUCAUUUUUCUUAAGCGUUAAAGCUGUGUAUAUUAUGACCUCAUGUAUCACUGAGCAGAAUGGACAGAAAAGGUUUCUCUGAUGUUGGUUUUGGGGAGUUUGUCCAGCUUUACACCGGUGUGUCCACUGCUUUUAUUCCCACACUAACACGAACUGCAGCUUAGGAGACCUAUUCCUCUCAUGUCUUCCACGCCUUCCUGUUUAGUGGCUAGGAAGGCACAAUAUGGGCCUUUAGAACCAAAAACAAUAGAACAGGUGGAACUGCACUUUUCCCACAUCUCAAUUGCAUGGGGUCACUGGCGUAGAAAGAUAUUUUUGGUCUUUUCUGUUUGGUGCUCCGGUUGUUUUUGGUUCAGAUAUCCAGAGAUAUUUGGUGCUUGCUUUCAAAGGCUGAGGGUGAUUUUGCACCACACCCCGUACUCAGUCAGUGUGGCCACAGUGUGGUGUAAUAACUGCUGCUGCUGCCCUCAUCUAACCUGCAUGGGCUUGGCUUUGCCAGCAUUACUAUUUACCAAGAAAUCAACCGGCAUGCUUUUGUUCUUUUAGUUGUUUGAACAGAGAAACCUAGCUGAGAGUCGUGGGAUGAGUGUCCGGGAAUCUGCCAAUCUACAAAAAGUCCUUUGUCUGCGUUCACAUGGUCCUCGCUGCCUCGUGUUUAGCACUUUCUCCCGUCUACUUCCUGUUGUGCCAUCAGUAUUAACAGUCAACCAAAUUUGCCUCUUGCCCUCAUGUGAACCUUAUUUUGCCUAAUGACCUUACCCUUUCACAAACUUAUUUCACAUAUAGGAGAUUGUGAAUAGUCACCAAAACUGGACUCGGUACACUUUUUUUUUUUUUUUGAUUUAAUAUCUUGUUUAGUUUCAAACCGACCAACACAGGAAAUAAGAGUGAACUUGCUGGUGAAGAUCCAGUAUGUGCUGAGAAAUCAAUAUAUUUUAUCAAGGUGACGUAUCUCAUUAAAAUGCCAUAUUAAUUACAGAUAAAAACAAAUAUUAAGUGAAGUAAAGAGAAGUUCGUGUGUGAAGUUGCUUUGUGUUGCACUUGUAUUUGAGAACAAUGUGAUAUCCGCAUGCUCUCAUUGGGACCACAUGUCAUCAGUCUGCCUUCUGUCACAUCAUUUGGAUUAAUCGGUAGUUUGAAGUAUGGUUUGUUUAAAGAGUGCAUUUCUGUGGCGAGGAAGACGGUAACUGAAGGAAUUAAUUAACCACAUGAAUGUUUUUAAAUUAAUUGUUUCAUGAUUUUAGUCGCACAUUGUUGGACAAAGCCUUAUCUGAAAUGUUUGCUAUCUAAAUGACUUAAACACACUAUCAACAUGGUGGCAUUGUUUUGUUCAGUCAGUGCAGGGUUUUUUUUUCUCCGCUGUAAAAUGAAUAUAAAUUGUUAAAUGGGGUCAUUUUUUCUUUUGAUGAGGUGUCCUUUUGUCCUACAGUUGGUGUCACAGAUGGGUCGCACUGUUUAGCCAUAAAGUCCAGAUGCACUUUUUAGAAGUUGCUGAGGAAGUCGGAUAAAUGAUAGAUGGAUAAGGAUUGUAAAGAUAAAAUCGUUUUUCUUUUGACUCCCACCGCCUUUCUACUAAACUGCGACGCAUUAAGCUUCCUCUACCACAUUCCCUCUGCGAGUGGGCGCUUCACUUUUUUUUCUUGCCGUUUUAUUAAAACUAUGAAUUAAUGCAAGACACAGGUAAGAAGACAAACACUCUUGAAAAAAACCACACGUUUAUUCGUUUUGUUGAGCAGAGCUGUGGCGUCUUGCUCCCCUGGGCUUCUCUUGGGCUCUCAUAGGAGAAAGUGUCAUUCCUUCACUCUGCAUUUUUACAUUAAGGAGAGAGUUGGUUGUACGAUAUGAAGUAGACAUUAUAAAUGACCAUUGUUCUUAUCAGCACUAGUGUUGAUUGUGCCAUUUUAAACAUUGUUAAAGACAGAACAUACAUCAUCACUCCAGCUGUUGUGGUACUGGUGGGAACAUGCUGAAGCCAGUACCAAACGUUUCCUCUCUGACCCAUGUGUACAUUUGACAAACUGGACUGUUUGUAGUUUCUGGUAGCUGUGCUUAGUGAAUGUGUUCACCGUUAAGAAACUUGGAAUAAAUUGUCAAAUCUGUAAAAGUGAAAUAAAAUAAUUCAGCAAAUAA